CCUGUGACCCAAAACAGUGGCAUCCGAUUAGUCCUGUGACAUGAGGGCCAUUCGUUGCCUGAGCCUUUGAAAUCCUUUUGUCAUGGGGGGUCAAAGGCGGUAAAAAUUUUAAAUUUGUGGCUAGUGGCCACACAGUGGACAGAGCAGGUCUAAAUUGUCUCUGCAGCCUCCUGCAGGCAUCUCUUUAAACCUCGGUUCCCACUGCUUCUAGAACUCUCACACAGUGUCAGACCAGAGAAGGCCUGACAGUUAUAUCCACAGAUCUGAUUGAUGUCUGUCAGUGGAUGUCCAUUUUGACCCUGCCAUUCUCACCACGUGGACUUAACAUAGGACUGUGUACACUUAAGGGGCUAAUGUGGACAUUUUGAUGAUGAUGAUGAAAUAUCAGAAUUUAUGUAUCAAAAAGACCUAUUUUUAAGGUGAUUUCAUUAAAAUGGGGGAAAGGUGGUGACAACAGCAGCAGCUAUUUUUGUUCAGGUCGAGGCAGAAAAGGUCUAGUCCAAGGUUAGCACCUGUGGCUCCUGAGAGUCAUGAUGUUCUGCCCCUUGCCCUCAUCUUCUGCUGUUGUCUGCCCCUUCUUACCUGAGCUGCCCUACGACAAGCCUUUGUCAUCGAGCAAACCAGCCUUGGAGGCUGGGUAUCCUCUGGACAGCCUCCCCAUCUUUGCUUUCUGGAUAGCUCUAGAGCAUAGCCACCCAGCUAAGCAAAUACUUUUCAGCACUUUUAUACAAGGCCAGGCUAAGUACUGGAGGCAAUAAAAAGCCAGCAGACUGCCCUCUUCAAGAGGCUUAUAAGGGGUGUAACUGAGUGCAUCAAUGAGGCGGAUAUGGAAGGAGCUGUGGGAGGAAGGCCAGAGAGGCUCCGGGGAGAGCCAAGUUCUUGGUUAGAAAUCCAUCCCCAGGUCAUGGCCGGGCUCCUCUGGGAAAAUGCAUCUGCGUUGCAGAGCUGUUUCCAGGAACUCUUACAGCAUGAGGCGUGGAUACAGAGAAGCCCGUUGGAACACAAUCUGGAGAGUGACGAGAAGCAAUCGUAACUUGAUUUCCUGCCGACAUGUAGAGGAGGGGAGAGAGGUGGCUCUCAUACCUCCUGCUCUUCAUCCUGCACCUGGUCAUCUGCUUCAUCACCUGCCUGGGACUGGCCAAGCGCUCCAGGUGUCUUCUGGCCUUGAUGCUGUGCUGUGGGGCCCUGGCCCUGCUCCUCAGCUGGACAUCCCUGGCCGCUGACACCGCAGCGGCGGUGGCCACCAGUGACUUCUGCACAGCUCCCGACACCUUCAUCCUGAAUGUCACGGAGGGCCAGAUCCACACAGAGGUGACCCGUUACUACCUGUAUUGCAGUCAGAGCCUAAGCAGCCCCUUCCAGCAGGCACUGACCAUCUUCCAGCGCUCACUGACCACCAUGCAGAUCCAGGUCGUGGGACUGCUGCAGUUUGCUGUGCCCCUCUUUCCCACAGCAGAGAAAGAUCUGCUCGGAAUCCAGCUCCUGCUGAACUCAUCAGAGUCCAGCCUUCACCAGCUGACAGCCAUGUUGGAUUGCCGAGGGCUGCACAAGGACUACCUGGACGCCCUCGCUGGCAUCUGCUAUGACGGCAUCGAGGGCUUGCUCUACCUCGGCCUCUUCUCCAUUCUGGCCGCUCUGGCCUUCUCCACCUUGAUCUGCGCGGGGCCGCGGGCCUGGAAGCACUUUACCACCAGGGACAGAGACUAUGAUGACAUUGACGAUGACGACCCCUUCAACCCCCAGGCCCGGCGCAUUGCCGCCCACAACCCUCCUCGGGGGCAGCUUCGCAGCUUCUGCAGCUACAGCAGCGGCCUGGGCAGCCAGACUAGCCUGCAGCCCCCAGCCCAGACCAUCUCCAAUGCCCCCGUCUCGGAGUACAUGAACCAGGCAGUGCUCUUUGGUGGGAACCCACGCUACGAGAACGUGCCACUCAUCGGAAGAGGCUCCCCUCCUCCCACGUACUCUCCCAGCAUGAGGGCCACCUACCUGUCUGUGGCGGAUGAACACCUGAGACACUAUGGGAACGACUUUCCAGCCUAACACUUUCAGGGGUUCCUGCCUCCUUGAUCGUUUUGGUUUUUAAUUAAUGCAAAUGCAAGCUGCGUUUCUUUAAUAGAAACCAAAGGCGUCUGGACACUACAUGCAGGGCUGCGGGAUUGGAAGGCGCCUGCAGCCGCAGAGGAACAGCUGAGAUUCAGGGAGAUUCAGCAUGGAGUUGGCUGAGGUUCCUGACCAAAGCCCCGGGCAGGCAGAAGACCCAUGACCUGGACCAGACUCUCCCUCUUCUGGCCUCCUCUCCACACCAGAAAUGCCCCUCAGGUGUUUGGCCGUCCCUAAGCUGGGACCCUGGUUCAGCUCACCCCUACAUCCCACCCUCGCCAGGUGGGGAGUGGCAAUGAGGAGGGGCCGAGUCAGGUUCAAGGGUCCCAUUGCCAAGACUGUGCCUCCUACUAGCAUGGCCAGAAGCCCAGGUGACCACUCUCUGAGUCACCUCUCUCCCCCUGGCUGCAGGGAUAGGCAGCAUGUCCCUGCAGGUAUAGGUGGGAGGACUUAUCAGCAGAUGCUUUUAAGGGAAGUGAUGUCCCCGAUGAGACCAGACACUGUCCAGAUUAGUCUCCUGGGGCCAGAUAGACUCUUCCUGGGCCACAGAGGGAAGGCAUUGGAGAGCUCUGCAUUGGGGCUGGUGGCUCCAGGGCCAGGGAACCACAGCCUCGCCUGGUGGGCUUCUGCAGUGAGAGCUGGUGGGAACGUGGGUGAAAGCCUGCCACGUUCUGCCUGUCUUUCUGCAGCCCUCCUUCACCUCCCCUCCAUUCCAGAAUCAAUGCUGGGAGCUUGUUUGCUGCAGAUAGGGACGGUCUCAGGUAUUAACAGACACUUUGAAAGCGAGUUUAACUCUUUUUUCCCAAUGUUUUAAAUAUUUUGAUUAUCCAAAGAAUCGAAACAUAACACAUCCAGUUUUUACGAUAGAUUUGGGGCUCAUUCCUUACACCUGGUUUGUGUACCAUGACUUGGCAGAUUUUGCUGGCCUUAACCAGCCAGUUCUUUAGCGAUCUGGAGGUGGGGGUGUGGGGAUUUUUAAACAAAAUAAAGAUCAGUGAGAUUUCCUGUCCCAAGCUGCUGUUUGAUGGGGAUGUGAGUUCAUCCCACUCGGAGGGAGGCCCUUUAAGAGAGGAAAGAAGCUAAGAGCGACAGCUGAGCAGUGCCCCCUGUUCCAGGGGAAGGGCCGAAUGCCCAGGUCAACUUUCCCUUCCUUUUUGUCUUCAAGCAAGUUUGUCAUAAAAGGUUUUAACACAAUGGGAUGAUUGUGUCUUGACCUGAAGAUAGGCGUCUUCUCUACAUCCCCCACACCCUGUCCUGACCCUGUUGUCGUGGGCCCCUGCACCCCACCUGCUAGGUGAGAAGGCUUGUUGGCCAGGAGGGAAUAAUGACCCAUCUUGCCCACGAGGGCCCAGGGUUAGGGUCUUUGGUGCUUCCAACCUCCUGCCAGCUCAGAGUGCGCCACACUGAGGCCCCCACAGCCUCACACACCAGAGCAGGGAUGUGGGGUGGUGUGGCUUGGGACGAGGGCUCUGUUUCCAUUCUGAAAGAGCCACCUUCUCAUCAGAACACUGACAGCAGAGUGGUUCUCAGCCCCCAGCCAAGCCUCUGCGAUAGAACGGGGCUACAGGGCAGCCAGGACUCUGUCUCACCUGCAUUAACCUGUACAUAUCGUGUACCAUAAACACACCUUCGAUGGCCACAUCGCGUGCAGAUAGCUACUCUGUGACGUCAAGGUGUUGCUUCUUAACGUUCUUUGUUGGCAACUAGAGAGUUGUUUUUAAUUGCAUGUAAACUAAACCAGGAUCCCUUGGGUGGUUCCUGAAGGAGCCGGGUGGGCACAUCUCUGCUUGAUCCAUGUGCACCCUCACCUGGGGGAGAAAUAAACCACUUGUACUAAAAUGUG